CAGCCGGGGGCGGGACCCCAGGAGGAGCAAGGGAGCAGAGCCGCUGGAGAGGACUAGACACUGGAGAGGCGCUAUGGCUGGAACCAGUCUCGGAGCCCGCUUCUACCGGCAGAUCAAGAGACAUCCCGGGCUCAUCCCGAUGAUCGGCUUCAUCGGCCUGGGCAUGGGCAGCGCUGCGCUCUACCUGCUGAGGCUCGCCCUGCGCAGCCCGGACGUCUGCUGGGACCGAAAGAACAACCCAGAGCCCUGGAACCGCCUGAGCCCGAAUGAUCAAUACAAGUUCCUUGCAGUUUCCACUGACUAUAAGAAGCUGAAGAAAGACCGGCCAGACUUCUAAGCCUGGCUGGGGUGCGCGUUGGAUGUAAACCACCACCGCCAGUCUACCCAUUCCUUCCACUCUCCGCCCCGACUCCAGGGCACCACUGCAGCAACCCUGUCCAGCUCCUGCUUACACAGGCCCCGUUCCCACGGGGAGGGGAACAGCUCCACCCCCACCCUCUUCCCUUGGUCCCAGCGGCGGAAGCGCCUCUGACCCUCAGCUUGAGUCCCACGCGGGGGAGGGGGAUUCGGGAGACCGGCAGCAGCCGGGUCGACCCAAAAGGCCCCAGGCAGCCCCUCCGCCCGCGACUUGGGCCAGGCAGGGCGUGGUGCAGGCUACGUGUUGAGCGUGGCCGACGUGAGCCAAGAGCAAGCACGGGCCUCUGAGUACCAAGUGACGUGGCUGGCUCCGCGUUAGCCCGGGCUCCGGGCACCAGCCCAGGGGCGGCGCUGCUCCGGCUCACUGGGUUCGUUCCGGGCUGCCCAGCCUGCCGUGGAUGCGGCCGGGGGCCCAGGGAGGUGCAGCGCGCUCCCGCCCCUGCCCAAGUGCUCUGCCUCGGGCGCCAACCGGCACCCCCUCGCCUCACACCUGGGCCUCCCCCGCCGUCCCCGCCCCUCCCUUGCUCCCGUCGUCCCGGGGGAUCAAACAGAAGCAGCCGUGGGCAAAAUACAAUUUCAUUUAACAAAUUGAA